AUGUCAACUCAAGGGGAAGAAGCAAUAAUUGUCACUUUUCGCAAGCAUAUACUUCUUCCUUUGGACAAUUGCCUUUAUUCUUUGCGGGCCAUAAUUCCUUGUUUAACUCGGUCUAGUUUGCAUCAUUGUUUGCAAAGACACGGCAUUAGCAUACUGUCAGAUGUUGAAGGAGAGAUAAAAGCCAAAAAGAAAUUCAAGCUAUGUCCAAUCGGUUAUUUCCAUAUUGAUAUCGCAGAA